AUGGUGGCAGACAACUCCAGGGACCCUCGACCAGAAAUCCAGAGGAACAAAGAUACAAAGCCCAGUGAUGCUUCACCCACAGCCGUCGAAAAUCUCUAUUCGGACCCCGUGACAUCGGCACUGGACAAGGAUCAAACUAAUAACAGUAACCCAACUGCUACCUUCCAACCAGAACCCGUUUCAGAUCACUACACUGGCUAUGGCGAAGUAACGUUUGACUCGGAAUGUGGCACUUACUCCAGAAAGUCUUCCGAUGUGGACAUCCACACAGGGCAUGUUCACAAUUUGGGACAUUUUCCAGUGUCUUCCCAAGCAGCUAGCUUACCUGAGGAUCCCAAGAAUAACGAUUGUGAAGUGACCAACACUCAUCACACGUCUGAACUGUAUUCUGAGGAAGUUUUAUGUGGUAAAGCAUUCCGGGAAAUGUCAACUCUCGUAUGUUAUCAACGCGUCCAUACUGGGGAGAAACCCUUUUCGUGUAAGGAAUGUGGAAAGUAUUUCACUAAGAUGUCCAGCCUUACACGUCAUGAGUGGAUCCAACCCUAUCAUGCACCCAUGGACACGCUGGCAGACAACUCCAGGGAACCUCGACCAGAAAUCCAGAUGAAAAAAGAUAUCAAGCCCAGGGAUGCUUUAACCACAGCUGCCGAAAACCCAUGUUUGGAUCCCUUGGCGUUGGCAAUGGACGAGGGUCAAAUUUCGCAAGACAACGGUACCCGAACAGUUUACUGCUAUCCCGAACCAGUUUCAGAUCACUACACAGCCUAUGAGGAAGCACCGUUUCACUCUGAAUAUCGCAAUUACUCCAGCAAGUCUGCCGAUGUGGACGUUCACGCAGGGCAUGUACCCAACUUCAGACAUUUUCCAGUGUCUUCUCCAGUGGCUAGCCUACCCGCGGAUUCCGACCAUCACGAUCUUGAAAUAAACAACACUCAUCACACGUCUGAAUCUUUUUCUGAAAAAGUUUGUCAACUUCAAUCUGACUUUCCCGAACCAGAAGAUACACUCUUCGAAGAAACCGGAAAGUCCCUUGAUCGCCAGCCCGUUAGGCUUGAUCGCGAACAUUCACAUCUUGGAGAAAAGCAAUAUAGAUGUAAGCAUUGCGAUAAAUUAUUUUCGGCUCAAUCCUGUCUAACGUCUCAUGAAUGUACACAUUCAGAAGAGAAAUCGUUCAAGUGUAAAGUGUGUGAUAAAUAUUUCACUACAAGAUCUCGUCUUGCCCGUCAUGCACGACUACACUCAGGACACGCGUUUCCGUGCAAGUACUGCGCAAAGCCAUUCGGUGACAAACACGGUCUACAUGUUCAUGAGCGUAUCCAUACCGGGGAGAAGCCGUUUAAGUGCGAUUACUGUGACCAAUCGUUUACCCAAAAUUACAACCUAAGAGUUCAUGAACGUAGCCAUACUGGAGAGAGACCAUAUAAGUGUGAAUCGUGCGAUAAGUCAUUCACGACGAAAGCAAAUCUCACGGUGCACCAACGCAUCCAUACUGGAGAGAGACCAUACAACUGUAAAGUAUGUGGCAAAGCAUUCCGGAACUUGUCAAACCUCGUAUGUCAUCAACGAAUCCACACUGGAGAGAGGCCAUUCAAGUGUAACUUGUGUGACAAGACAUUCAAGACGAGACCAAAUCUCACAGAGCAUCAACGCAUCCAUACUGAAGAGAAACCAUACAAGUGUGAAUUAUGUGACAUGGUAUUCCGGCAAAUGUCAACUCUCGCAAGUCAUCAACGAAUCCAUACUGGGGAGAAACCACCAUUUUCGUGUAAGGAAUGUGGAGGGUCAUUCACGAAAGGAUCCAGCCUAGCGCGUCAUGAGCGAAUCCAUCCCUGAGAGAACCUGAUCAAGUGUCAGCUAUCGUGACAAGUCUGUCAAUGUGAAAAACAACAUGGAAGACCAUGCAAAUACAAACACCGUAACACAGAAAGAUUGUUUUCAAGAUUGUUGAAAGUGCUACUCAUAGGCCCGUUUCGAACCACAAGUAGAAUAAAUAUCGUUUACAGCCCAAUCUGAUAUCCAUACAACAGUCACUGGUUGUAUGCUAACUUCAAAAUAAUGUAACAUCCGAAACAUUAUUAUUACCGUUGUAUUCCAGUUGAUGUACACACUUUCAUUCCUUGUUUUCCAUUGCACUUCUUACAGAAAAGAAACGUGUUUCAAUAUUUAUCAUGCAUUAAAAACCUCAAUUGUGAUAAACGUUCUUGUACUGUUCGUUUUUGGUAAAUCAGUCCUUUUUUUAUGUCGGAUAUCCUACUUCUAGAGCACACAUGCCGGGUAUGGAUCUUUCAGUUGUUAGAGGCGCUGUGCUGUUUUCAAUUUCUCACAUUAUGCGAACAUUAUUAUGCAUGUAUGUACUCUUGGGAAUGUGUGUAAUCUUGUAUGGUACCGUUCUACUCCUUGUCAAAACUCUUCAAAUCGUCUAAUGCUAUCUCACUAUUCAUUGGUUUGAUGACAUUGGGUGAACGAGAAUUGACUGUCACUACCAGAACUCAAACCUUGGACACUUGGUUA